GAAUUAAUUAUGUAAAUUUUGAUUCUUUUGGUACAGGACAUGAGUAAUGUGGCUAAUAUUGAUGUAACAAUAGCAAAUAAUGCUAUUGAGUUGCAGAACAAUGAUGGUGAGGGUGAGAAUUUUGGAAAGAAAAGAAAGGGUAUCCAAAAAAGAUCAAAGGUAUGGCUACACUUCACUGCAUUUGAUGAUCCAGUUACUAGUCAGCAGAAAGCAAGAUGUAAUUAUUGUGGAAAGGUGUUGUGUGCUGAACCUAGGAGAAAUGGUACUUCUACCAUGAAUGGUCAUAUUGAAUGUUGCUUGAAAAAUCCUAGUAAUUUGAAAAAUAAUACAAUGUUGAAGUAUGUUAGUAAAAUAGAUGGAAGUAAGGCAGUGAUUGAUUUAGGAACUUGGAAGUUUGAUGAAAGUGCAGUGAAGAGAGCAUUAGCUGAAAUGUUAAUUAUUGAUGAGGACUCCUUUAGCUUAGUUGAAAAAUUAGGCUUUAGGAGGUUUUGUGAAGUAGCAUUGCCACCAACUUUUAAAAUUCCAUCUAGGAGAACCAUCACUAGACAAUGCUAUGACAUCUAUGUAGAACAUAGAACUGCCUUGAAAAAUUACUUCAAAGAAUCAAAUUUUAGAGUUUCAUUAACCACCGACACUUGGACUAGCUUACAAAGAAUCACUUAUAUGAGCUUGACUGCUCAUUUCAUUGAUGCUAAGUGGAAGUUACAUAAGAAAAUACUGUGUUUCUGUCCUGUUGAUAGUCAUAAAGGAGAUGAGUUGGGAGAUCUUCUUGUUAGAUGUUUGAAGGAUUGGGGGUUAGAAAAAAUUUAUGCAUUAACUGCUGAUAAUGCAUCAGCAAAUGAUGGACUUGUGAGGGUUUUAAAAGAUGCAGUGAAUAAAUGGGGAACUGCUAUUCUUGGUGGGAAAGACAUUCACAUGAGAUGUGCAGCCCACAUCAUAAACUUGGUUGUUGGUGAGGGUACUAAAGAAAAAGAGAUGAAUAAAUCUGUGACUGCAAUUAGGGCUGCAGUUAAAUAUAUUAGGCAAAGUCCUAUGAGGUUAAAGAGAUUUAAGGAGGCUUGUGAGUGGGCAGAAAUUGAAUCUAAAAAGUUACUGUGUUUGGAUGUCCCAACAAGGUGGAAUUCACUUUAUUUAAUGCUGGACACUACUGAGAGGUUUGAGGAAGCUUUUGAGAGAUAUGCAAGACAAGACCCACACAUGAAGAAUGAGUUGAAUGAUGGUCCUAAGGCUCCUGGAUUUCCUUCUUGCAUAGAUUGGGAAAAUGUUGAUCAUACACUUAAAAAAUGGGAACGGGAUGUGGAUCUUUAUGAACUUGCUGGUAAAAUGAGAACAAAGUAUACAAAAUAUUGGGGGGAUCCAAGGGAGAUGAAUAAAAACAUCUUCUUUGCAGUGGUGUUGGAUCCAAGGUAUAAGAUGGAUUAUUUGGAGUAUUUAAUGUUGAAGAUGUAUGGUCGUAAAUCUGAUGGUGAACUUGAUGAUAAUGGGCCUCUUUAUGUUGUUAUGGUCAAACGUGAGAUGAGAAUGUUGUUUGAAGAAUACAAGAGGUUGAAUUCCUCUACUGUGAAAUCAAAUGACCCUCAAUCAUUUGAUGAACAAGGAAGCAGCUCUAUCUCUGCAACCAAUAUGCAAAGUGUGGCAGAUCCGAAAAAUAGAGUGCAAACAUCUGAAGUGAGGUCUGAUUACAAGAAAUUUAAAGCUGCCAAUGGUAGAAGGGCAGAAAAAACAGAGUUGGAGAAGUACUUGGCAGAAGAUCCUGAGGAUGAAAACGAAAAUAUUGAUGUUCUUCAGUGGUGGAAGAUGAAUGAGCAUAGAUUUCCAGUGUUAGCAUCCAUGGCAAGAGAUGUCUUAGCAGUUCCAAUAUCGACUGUUGCUUCUGAAUCAGCAUUCAGUACUGGAGGUCGAGUCCUCGAUGCUUUUCGCUCGUCAUUGACACCAAGAAUGGCACAAGCUCUCAUUUGUGCACAAGAUUGGUUGAGAGAUAAGGCUGUUUCUGAUAUAGAGGAGGAGGAUUUGGACACACUGGACAGUUUAGAGAAAGAGUUUGAUAAGAUUCAUUUGGAUUCCACCAUUCUUGAAUGAAUGGUGGACUUAUAAAUGGUAAGGUACAAG